UCAAUUUAACCUUUCCGGAAAACCAAACGGGUUAAUGAAUUCAGUGUUAAUUUGGUGUCAUAACUUUGAUAUAAUGGUUCUUUAGGAAGUUUCCUUUUUGAAUAAUGCAAUUGAGAUCCUUGACAAUGAGUUUACAAGACAAAUGUGAUGGGAACUCUUAAUAUGUUGGGGCUUGCAAAGAGAGUUGGGGCAAGGUUUCUUCUCACGAGCACAAGUGAGGUUUAUGGCGACCCUCUUGAGCAUCCACAGAAAGAGACAUAUUGGGGACAUGUCAAUCCUAUAGGUGAGAGGAGCUGCUAUGAUGAAGGAAAAAGGACUGCUGAAACCUUAACAAUGGAUUAUCAUAGAGGUGCUGGUGUUGAGGUCAGAAUUGCUCGCAUUUUUAACACAUACGGGCCUCGCAUGUGCUUGGAUGAUGGACGUGUUGUUAGCAAUUUUGUUGCCCAGGCCAUUCGUAAGCAACCAAUGACUGUUUAUGGUGAUGGGAAACAAACACGAAGCUUCCAGUAUGUUUCUGAUUUGGUGGAUGGACUAGUAGCUUUAAUGGAAGGAGAGCAUGUAGGACCUUUCAAUCUGGGUAACCCAGGAGAGUUCACUAUGCUUGAGCUUGCUGAGGUUGUCAAGGAAACUAUUGAUCCAAGUGCAACAAUAGAAUUCAGACCAAAUACUGCAGAUGAUCCACAUAAGAGAAAACCAGAUAUUAGCAAAGCAAAGGAGCUUCUUAACUGGGAGCCAAAAAUCUCUCUGAGAGAGGGGUUGCCACUAAUGGUCAAUGAUUUCCGAAAUCGCAUCUUGAACGAAGAUGAAGGAAAAGGGCUUUAAAUGAAAAGGACAACAUAUCAAGUUUGUACAGUGUAAAGAGCAUCUUUAUUUUGUUAAUUCGUUUUAUUAUUAUCAUUCUUAUUCUGUAUUACGCGAUAAAUAUAACUGUCCAACACUAGUUCCACAACAGUUCUGUCCGCCACCUACAGUCUGUGCUUUAUUAGCAUAAUCUACAAUUUUUGUUGAGCUUCUGCUGUCCUGUUCCUUAAAGCUGCCUUUCUUAGGUAUACAGUUUUUUGUCACAUGAAAGUCAAUAGAAUCAUAGCAGAUGCUCAGGUUUUGCCGUGCCAUUUUAGUCAUGGGGGGUUAGGUCUGUGUGAAUUAUUGCCUUUAACGGGCCUCAUUUGGUCUUGGACUCUUGGUUACUCAUUAUGUAAAGUUACUUUUUCCACUAGCAAUAAGAUUAAGAUCAGUUUUAUCUUUCUUGUUUCUUCCUUUCUUCUUCUUCUUUUUUCGCCUAACUUUGUUUAUGCCGCUCUUGUUUAUGAAGAAAGAGAAAGGAAGCGUCACACUUCAUAUUACAUCUCUGGUAUGAUGUAUUAUGUGUUCUGUCAAAUGAGAGCAGAUCAACCAAGGGUUAGAUCAUUCAUGCUUUUUUUGGGAAAUAAAGAUCUGUCAUGCUG